UCCACCUCUCACUCUCAGUAUGGCACAAGUUGAGUCUGAGAUCAAAGAGAGCUCUACUAAUGACCCAACUGAAGCUCUCGUGGCCACACUUCCCACAAGGGAAGGAUGGUCGACGCCGCUCACCCUCUACAACAAGUGCUGGCUGAGAUCACACAUGGUGAGAAGAUUCAUGCUGGUGAGAGACAACUUCAAGCCCCGGCGCGACGACAUCAUCCUCGCCACCCACCCCAAGAGCGGCACCACCUGGCUCAAGGCCCUCGCCUUCACCAUCUCCGCCCGCUCCCGCUGCGACCUCACCGACAGCCCUCUGCUCACGACCAACCCGCAGCGUGUCGUGCCCUUCAUCGGAGCCGUGGGCGGAGACCUCGACUUCCUCGAGACGCUCCCUUCGCCGAGGCUGCUCGCCACCCACCUGCCUCCCUCGCUGCUCCCGCCGGCCAUCUCCACCGUCGGCUGCAGGGUCGUCUACCUCUGCCGCGAGCCCAAAGACGCCUUCGUGUCAAGGUGGCACUUCGACAACAAGAUGGGCAAAGGGGCUCCUAUCGCCCUCGACGAUGCAUUCAGCAUGUUCUGCGAAGGGUUCUCCCCGUUCGGGCCGUUCUGGGACCAUUAUCUCCAGUACUGGAAAGAAAGCUUGGCGAGGCCGCAAGAGGUGAUGUUUCUCAAGUAUGAAGAGAUUGUGUCCGAUCCGCUCACGGUCGUUAGGAAGCUCGCAAGCUUCCUGGACGUGCCCUUCACGGAAGAGGAGGAGAAGAGUGGGGUCGUCGAUCAGGUUGUGAGCUUCUGCAGCUUCGAAUCACUUCGCAACCUAGACGUUAACAAAACAGGCGGUGCGGAGCGUGCAGGAGGUAAGAUAUUCAUCCAGCACUCCUCACUGUUUAGGAAAGGGAAGGUUGGGGACUGGGUGAACCAUAUGAGCGAAGAAAUGGGAGAAAAAAUGGAUCGCCUCGUGGAGGAAAAGUUCAAAGGAUCUGCUCUAGAGUUCUGAGGUGCAUUCUUGUCUUGCAUCUAGCAGUGGGAGUGCCUAUAAUAUUAUAUUGAUGUAUCAUGAAGUCUAUGUACACCGCAAUAAAAUUAAAUAAUCAUGUUUAUGGUGA